AUGAGUCCAUUGGACUGGGGUAAACUUGGUGACUGUCCUGAAAUCGAGGCUGUCCUCCACUCGCUUCAUUUCCGGCCAGGUGCCGUGAGAUCGGCGCAUACACUGUAUGUUUGCAACAUGAACACGUAUCUGGUCGCCAAGUGCUACUACGGUAAGGCUUCUCGUAUAGCGUCGACAUCGAACCACUCGUCACAAAACGAUGUGAAAAUGCAGAUUGUGGCCAACGUCUUGUUCUCUGGGUCCAAUAGCGUGGAGAAGGGCGUAGACUUUACCUUUACUUGCUGGUACGAGAUUAAGAACCCAUUGAAGGCAGGCUUGAGCCCUACGAUGACGAUGUUCACUGCCGAGCCGUACAUCGAUGGAGAAUACUAG